CCCCUCCAUUCACUUGAUUACGUACGGGACUGAAAUUCUAACAAAGGUUCUCCCUCUUCCUUCAGUCCUCAGAUUGGAAAUGAUGUUCCGCCAUGUGUUUUACAAGGCCAGCAGAGUACCAAUGGCUCAUUUCAAGAAGCUCCAAAUAUUUAAAGGAUUUUCAGGGAUGUUAGAGGAAAUGGUUGGGGACAGUGACCAGCGCAUCACCCGUCUUCUCUUUUGCGGGCCUCAUUUUCCUGCAUCUGAUAAUUAUACGAGAGAAUAUGUACAAAACUAUCCAUUUAUCAAGGUUGAUGAUGUUCCAUUUGAUGAUGUGCCUGCUGUUAUUGGCAACUACGAUAUCUGUAUUGUAAAAAACAUGCGGCUAAAUGCAGAUGUUAUUUCUUGUGCAAAGAGGACAAAGCUUAUAAUGCAGUUUGGUGUCGGGCUGGAAGGUGUUGACAUCAAUGCUGCUACAAAGCAUGGAAUCAAAGUCGCUAGAAUUCCUGGUGGUGUAACUGGAAAUGCAGCUUCAUGUGCUGAAAUGGCCAUAUAUCUAAUGUUGGGCCUUCUUCGUAAGCAAAAUGAGAUGCAUAUUGCUGUAAAGCAGAAGGUGCUUGGAGCGCCAGUUGGUGAAACACUGCUGGGAAAAAAAGUGUUCAUUAUGGGAUUUGGAAACAUUGGGAUUCAGUUGGCAAAACGCUUGCGGCCAUUUGGUGUGAAAAUCCUUGCUACAAAACGGAAUUGGGACUCAUAUUUGCAAAAUUCAUGCAAGUCCAAUGCAUCACCCACUCAAAUUGGUAUGAAUGACGAUUUGGUUGACGAGAAGGGUGGUCAUGAAGAUAUCCAUACUUUUGCAAGCAAUGCCGACAUAGUUAUUUGUUGCUUGUCGAUGAACAUUGAAACGGCUGGCAUCGUAAACAAAACAUUUAUAUCAUCAAUGAAAAAGGGUGCCCUUUUGGUGAAUAUAGCUCGAGGGGGUCUGUUGGACUAUGAAGCUGUUCAUUAUCACCUUAAAUCUGGCCACUUGGGAGGCUUAGGCAUGGAUGUUGCUUGGACAGAGCCAUUUGAUCCUGACGAUCCAAUUUUGAAACUCUCAAAUGUCCUAAUAACACCACAUGUUGCAGGUGUCACAGAACAUUCUUAUAGAACCAUGGCUAAGGUUGUUGGCGAUGUAGCCCUUCAGCUUCAUGCGGGGUCUCCUUUUACUGGCAUAGAGUUUGUCAAUUGAUUUAGAGAAAGAUAUUUUAUUUUGGAUCCUUUUACUCAUUUGAAAAUUCAAAAAAUUAUGUGCUAGCUAGUGUUGUUUGGAUGUAUAUCUAUAUUAUUAUAUGAAGUGAACACCAUGUUUGGUGUUGGGCACAGUUUGAUAUGCAUUAUAAUAUAAAAUUCUUUAAAUGGUUAGCAUAA